AUGCGUCCCCCGCGUCGGCGUGCGCUCGAGCCUGCGUUCGCUCCCCGGAGGACGGGCACCUCCGCGGUCGCCGCGCGCCCGCUGGCCCGCGGCGGCCCGCAGAGCCCCGCUGGGGACGGCGCGGGCAGGAACGAGCGGGCCAAGGUCGAGUGCCCCUUCUGCGGGUACAAGUGCUUCCCCCAGUGGCUCAACGACGAGGCGCACUGCCUGAAGUGCGACAAGGUCAUCAAGACCCAGCUGUCCAUCCCGGCGGCGCGCCACAGGGGGGCGGGGGCGAGGCAUCGGGGGCCCUCCAGGCGGCAGCCCGGGGAGGCGUCCACCUACAAGGUCUCCCCCGGCAGCGCCAUGGAGUCCAUCUCUGGCGACUGCCAGGCGUCCCCGGACGGGAGCCACCAUUGGAAGUUCGGCAAGUGCGCCUACUGCCAGAAGGGUGAGGGCAAGUUCGAAAAGCCGGGCGCCAUGGCCAACCCAGGCGCGAAGGUCGGCGGCUGCUCCGCGGGGGGCAAGUGCAUCUACAAGUUCUCGAAGUGCACAAAGUGCGGGAAGAGGGAGUAUUGAGAUGCCACUCGCCGCAGAGGGGGCUAGUGAGGAGGAGGAGGAGGAGGUGGAGGAGCGCUCCCCCCUCCCUCCCUGCCUCUCGCCGGCAGGGUCGCGCCACCCUCGACGGGGCUGGCGACGCCUGCGCCGGGCCAACCUGUAACGCUCCCCGCGGCGUCAGAGAUCAGUUCUCACGUCGUCACUCCAGCGCCGCCGAACAGCAAGUCGUGCCCGCGAAGGCUUCGCAGGCGCCUGCCAAGUCUCUGCUCCCUUUUCCAUCCUGGGGCAGAUUUUUUAUUGCCACUCCUGAGGGUGUAUGUGGCAAUACUGCGCUGGUUUUUCCACGACCCAGCGCGGCUACGUAAGCUGCCUCGCCAAGGCGGUGUGAGGCGAGGCGAGAAUUGUCUGAGCGCAACUCCUGCCCUCAUCCCACUUCCCUCCCCCUUUCCCUCCGCAUCCUUUCUCCCAGGCCAUUUUCCGCAUAGGUUAGAUCACUUAUACAAGGCUUUCACUAAAAGAGGAAGGACCAUGGAUUUCAGUCGAGCAUCCGAUU